CAUUAUUUUUAUCUGAUUAGGGUUCACGAAACCAAAGUAUCGCAAAGGAAUCGCUUUUCACGCAUUAGCUGGACAAAAACCAACUAUACUGAGGCGGAUUAGUACUAGUAGCGCUUUCUUAGUCAAUAUAUUGAAAGGGAAUGGAAGAUACCGCUUACUGUCUGUUAUAGUACUACUGCGAAAAUAAUACAACAGAGAUAGUGUCAGGUUUGGAACCCAUGAAGAUUAAGGAACUUAUCCAAUAUGGAGAAACCUGUUGCCAAUGGAAAACACUGGCAUAAUGAUGAGCUACGAAAUUUUGAACAAAACUUGCAAAAGAUGAGUUUUCAUCAAUCUAAAGAUGGUGCUAAGAAAGAACAAGAUGUCCAUUCUUUCCCGGAAGGAGGUUGGGGAUGGGUGGUCUGUCUCGCCUCAUUUUGGACAAAUGGAAUUAUAUUUGGAGUGAUGAACUGUUACGGAGUCAUUUUUGUAAAGUUGAAAGACCAGUUUGAAGCUACUCAUAGUGAUGAUGCUGCAUUUUUGACUUCAUGGGUAGGAUCAGUGUCCAUAGGAAUGACUUUUCUCCUUUCUCCAGUAGCCAGUAUCCUUAUUGAUAAAAUAGGCAUUCGGAGGACAGCAUUCCUUGGUGGCUUCCUGGCUUCUCUUGGAAUGUUUCUUAGUUCCUUGAUUAAGAACUUGGAACUGUUAUAUCUUACUUAUGGGGUGGUGCUAGGCUCUGGAGCAUCAUUAGCAUAUACACCAUCUUUAGUGAUUCUUGGACACUACUUCAAACAACGAUUAGGUUUAGUGAAUGGCCUGGUUACAGCAGGAAGUUCUGUUUUUACUACUAUUGUUCCACUUCUUUUAAAAUACUUGUUGGACGUUGUGGGUCUUAUGACAACCAUGCAGAUUUUAUCUGCGGGUAUGGCCUUGUUAAUGGUUUGUGCUUUAACCUUUACCCCACGACUUCACCUUCACCAUGAAGCACACCCUCAUCGUUUCACGUCUUUUGAGAGCCUGCAAGAACAGAGCAUUCUUGGGAAACCAUCCCACCAUGGAAUAAUCAAUACCCAUGAACGGUAUGAUCUUUCAGUCAAUUGUGAUCAGAAUGAUAAGAAGUCUUGCUGCUUACAGGUUUCACGCUGCCAUAAUAUGCUAGAUUUGAGCAUUUGGAAAAACAAGGCCUAUGUUCUGUGGGUAUGGGCAAUUCCAAUUGCUUUGUUUGGUUAUUUUGUGCCUUAUGUACAUUUGGUUCAACAUGCAAGGGAUAUUCUUCCUGAUGCUAAUGGUGAAGUACUUGUGACCUGCAUAGGUCUAACCUCAGGGUUAGGACGUAUAGUAUUUGGUAAACUGGCAGAUUUUCCCAGAGUCAACAGAAUCCACCUACAACAGUUGGCAUUUAUAUCUAUUGGCCUUCUAACCAUGCUUUUGGUGGUAGCCAAUCAGUUUGCAGCUUUGGUGGUAGUUUGUCUACUUUUGGGUUUGUUUGAUGGCUGCUUUAUUUCACUUCUUGGUCCUAUUGCCUUUGACAUUGUUGGGUCCAAAGGUGCUUCCCAAGCUAUUGGUUUCUUACUGGGACUUUGUUCAAUUCCUCUUACUGUGGGGCCUCCAAUUGCAGGGAUUUUGUAUGAUCACUUGGGAAAUUAUAAGGCAGCUUUCCUCUCAGCUGGUGUACCCCCAUUAAUAGGAGCUUCACUCAUGUGUAUUAUAAGCAGGGUUUCUCAGCAAUACCCAAGCCAUGCUGCAGAACAACUAGUAGAAGAAGCAGCAGCUGAGACAACCAGUGAUGAUGAAGAAGAUUAUAACACUAUACCUCAAGAGCAAGCAGAAGAAAUAGGAAUUUGGGAAAAAUUCAGUCCAAGCUGUCUGAACACUCCAAAGGAAUCUACACAAGAAACAUUGCAUUAUACUGCCAGCCUUAUGCAUAAUGAGAUAAAGAAGCAGGAAUCCCAGUUACAAACACAUUGUUCUGAUGAAAAAGACAAACUUUCACAAUAUGUGAUGGAAAAGGAAUCCAGUGUUUAAGUUUUAUUAAAGAUAUGUGUGUAAUGUGCUUAAGAGUAAUAAGAUAACAAUUAGUAAAACAUUUCAAAAUUUGGCAAAAAAUAUAUAAUUAUGGUAUUUCUCUCAAUUCAUAUUCUUAUCUAACUCCACAAAAUCAAAUAUUUAGCCAUUAAGAUAUGCUCUUGCCCCCCAGCGGCACAGCGGUAUGCCU